AUGCCCGACAAACGCAAACCAUCAGCCUCGAUGUCUGGCUCCUCUCCCUACGCGAAACGGUCGCGUCCCUCCCCCGCCGACGAAGGAUACGGAUACGGGUACGACGGCAACGAAGAGCAGACCGAACGGCCCGCAGCAAAACCGACGCACGAACGCCCACGCCACCACCCCAUCUACGGACAAAAGGGCGCCUUUCCAGGCCUUGACGUCGCAGACGACAAUGAAUUAUUCUACGGCCCCGCCGAAGAUGGCCUCGAGUAUUUGCGCAUGGUGCGGUCGGAAGCAAACUCCCUCCCGUUUUUGUUCACUGCGCCGGCGCCGGUGCCGCCAGUCGCAGUCGCAGAGGCAGAAGCGGAAGGAGAAAAAGCAACAGUAGCACCGACCCGCAUAAAGUCUCAUAUCCACGACGAUAGGAAUGCUUCUUCACCCGAAGAAGGCGUCAUCAUCGACGGGGUCUUUUUCGUCCCUCCUCCCAAGAAACCCUCAACCGCAAAUACCACUGCAAACUCCACCACCCAACCCACCCAACAACCCCCCUCCUACCCCCCCGCGCAAAACAGCUACUACACCCUCCUCCACCACCGCUUCAUCCUCCUCCGCUCGAUCCUCAAAUGCACGCCGCCGUCUGAAGCCAUCGCCGCCCUGGACGACUCCCACCCGAUCAGCCUGCCGCGGCACGCACGGAACGCGCGCAAGGAAUGGCGCCGGUUGGUGUUGGCGGUGGAGCCGCAGACGGUGCAGCUGGCGUGUAUGGAUCUGGAGAGCGUGUUGGCUGUGCUUGGGGUGGUGGCGCGGUUGAUGUCGGAGAAUGUGCGCAGUGGGGAUGCGGAGAGGGUGAGGAGGAUCGGAGCUUGGGCGUGGGGGUUGCUUGGGAAGUGUCGCGAGGUGGGCAUGUUGGGGACUGAGGAGGUUGGGGAGAUUAGGGAUUUGGGGAAGAGGGCGGUGAAGAUUUUGGGGAAGAUGAGAGAGGAUGAAGAGGAGAUGGGGGAGGGAAAGGAGGAUGGUGAGGAUGAGGAGGGUGAGGGUGAGGGUGGGAAUGAGGGUCGAGAGGAGGUGCCUGGUCCGAGCGAUGGUUUGGAUCACGAUAUGCAGGACGCGGCGGUGGAACCUGGCGCUGACGAGCUCGAGGCUGCGAAGGCACGGCUCCAGGCCAAGAUCCAGGGCGCCGAGGAACAGGAUGGUGCAGGUGAAGUGGCCGUGCAGACUCGAGCCAUGCUGGACAUGAUCAUCACGUUCACAACCACCACAAUGGCCACGAACCUCGAAAUCGCCAUCCCAACAACCAGCAUCUCGCCAACCUCCCCCCCCUACACCCUCUACAACAUCACCCUCCGCCUGCCGCUCCGCAGCUUCAGCAUCUCGAAACGCUACUCCGACUUCACCACCUUCCACACGACGCUGACGACCCAAACCACCCUCCCGCCUCCUGCCCCCCUGCCCCCAAAUCCUGGACUCGAAACCUACCUCCGGUCGAUCAACGAAUCCGCCGAUCCGCGAUGGCGGUCCUCGCCCGUCUGGCGCGCGUUUCUGAAUUUACCCAGCUUGCCUGGUCUGUCCAACGUCGGCGGGGGUAUCGGGAAUGCGAAUAACGGGGGAUUGACAUCCACCCGUCUCCACGCGGCAAUCACAGACCCGACCUCCGACCCCGGCAGCGCGAACAGUAUCACGGAUCCGACGCUGUGGCUCGACUGUUUCAGGGAUAUGAAGGGGCAUUUGCAUGAUGCGCGAUUGCAUCUUACGAGGAGGGAUCAGGAGACGACGCCGCAGAAGCAGCAUGAGAGUUCGGCCCGUGCGAAGAGUUCGUUGGUUAGGGCCGGUGGGCUGAUUGGCGCGUUGGAGGCCGGGUUGAGGAAUCUCUCCUCGUCUCCAAAUAAUACUACAACUAAUAAUAAUAAUGAUAAUAAGACUUCCGGAGGAAGUGGAGGAGGUAACGGGACCGGAGGCAGCCGACCCACGACGGCGCGCCGAGGCACGAAUACAUUCAGCGUGAGCGGCAACACCACGCUGGGGGAAGGCGAGAUGCGCCGCCGGAAAGACCUGCUGAUCAACGCGCGGAAGGAGAAAGACGGGCUGGAGGAUCUGCUGAAUGCGAUGGCGGCGAAGAGCCGGAUCGAUAGUGCGGUGGCGUCGGUGCAGGAUAAGGAGGCGUUGAUGGGCACGAGUGGCAGCGGGAGAAAAGGGGGGAGGUCGUCCGGUAGGGUGCUGGGCCGCGAGACGGAGAGGACCCGCGAGCUGGAUAAUAGUGGGGUCGUGCAGUUGCAGAAGCAGAUGAUGGCCGAUCAGGAUCUCAGUGUCAAUGAGCUGAUGAAGGUCGUGCAUCGGCAGAAGGAGCUGGGCAUUGCGAUUCAUAAUGAGCUGGAGGUGCAGAAUGAGUUGUUGAGGUUGGCGGAUGAGGAUGCUACGAGGCUGGGUGGGAAGAUCGAUGUUGGGAAGAAGAGGGUUGGGAGGAUUUCUUGA